GCCUGGUGCCCCGUCCAGUCCAUGCCCUCAGGCAGAGACAGCUCCGUUACCCUCUCCGGCUGGGGCCUGCCCGUCGUAAACGGCGACCAUCCGCCUGUUAACGCCACCCUGCACCGCCCCAACCCACCGCCUAUAUAAACACCGGGAAGAUCCAAGUUUUAACAUUUCUCCCUCACGCUUCCCCCUACUACUCUGCUCCGUUCUGCUCACCGCUCAGGAUCGUAACUCCGCCCAAUUCCUGCCAUCGACCGGCCGAUAGAGAUACUCUUGAUAGCUGAUACGGUUUCGUCGGGGUUUGAGCUCGAUUCGGCCCUUCUACAAUUCCGAGCCAGCCCGCCGAUGGCGCACGACUUGCAGGACGACUUGGAGUUCGUCGCCGCCGGCCACGAUUACGACGACUUCGAGUUCGACGAUGCCGGUGGCAACGGGUUCCGAACCUCCGGCGGCGCUUCCCAAUACCAGCUGGAUACUGAGAUGAACGACACUUCAGCCUUGGAGUACAGACAAGGGAAAGACAUGCAAGAGAUACCCUGGGAGAGGUUGAACUACAGCAGGGAUCAGUACCGUCAGAUGAGGCUAAAACAGUACAAGAACUACCAGAGCCUCGCUAGGCCGCGAGAUACACUGGAAAAGGAAUGCCAACGAGGAGAGACAAGAGACGCCUUCUACGAUUUUCACUUGAAUACAAGACAUGUCAAGCCAACAAUAGUGCACUUUCAGCUGAGAAACCUCCUGUGGGCUACGUCCAAGCAUGAUGUCUACGUGACACAGAACUAUUCUGUGAUGCAUUGGUCAUCCCUACUCCGGAGAGGAAAAGAAGUGCUCAAUGUGGCAGGCCCAAAUCAGGAUAUGCGGGGAGGUCGGCCCUUGUCAAGGGUGCAGAUCAGCACCAUGACGGUAAAAGACAACCUCCUGGCGGCUGGUGGUUUCCAUGGGGAGUUGAUCUGCAAGUAUGUCGAUCAACCUGGAGUGGCGUUCUGUACGAACCUGGCCGGCAACAAGAAGUCCAUCACCAACGCCGUCGAGAUCUACGAAUCACCUAACGGCUCCACCCGGGUGGUGGCUGCCAACAACGACUGCGUUGUUAGAACUUUUGACACGGAGAAGUACAGCCUGCUCACCCAGUUCCCCUUUGCGUGGUCCGUCAACAACAUGUCCGUCAGCCCCGACGGGAAGCUGCUCGCGGUGGUCGGCGACAGCUCCGACUGCCUCAUCGCCGAUUCAGGGUCCGGCAAGGAAAUCGCGAGCCUGCGCGGCCACGCGGAUUACUCGUUCGCGUCGGCGUGGCACCCGGACGGGCGCGUGCUGGCCACGGGCAACCAGGACAGGACGUGCCGGCUGUGGGACGUGCGCAACCCGUCCGAGGCGUUCGCGGUGCUGGAGGGGAGGAUCGGCGCCGUCAGGGGGCUCAGGUUCUCGCCGGACGGCCGCUUCCUGGCCGCGGCGGAGCCGGCGGACUUCGUCUGCGUCUACGACGUGGCGGCGGGGUACGCACGCGCGCAGGAGAUCGAUCUGUUCGGGGAGAUCGCCGGCGUGUCCUUCAGCCCCGACGACGGCGCGGAGGCGCUGUUCGUGGGCGUCGCCGACCGUACGUACGGCAGUCUGCUCGAGUUCCGCAGGCGACACCGUCACGCCUACCUCGACUGCUACCUGUGAAGUGUACGGCGUAUUUCGCGUGCCAAUCUUGUACUACUGCUACUUUUUUUGUACUGCUACUACUUGAGAGUAGGGCUAGAGCAAAGUGCGUCCCGUGUUUCGACA